CGGCUCCCUGUAAGCCCCGCCCCUCCCUCUGUCAUGCACGCUGUAGUCUGACCACAGAGUCUGGCUCAUUUGCUCCCGUCUGUGUUUAUAGUUUUAAAACCAGGACAUUUAACGCAACGUGAGGUCUCUGCCUUACCCCAGCACAAACACAGGAGCACCUCAGAGAUCCUGUUUCUCAUCUGGACCCACUUUAAGGUGCCGAAGAUGUCCGUGUGGCAGCAGGAGCCGCCAGGUUUCUCCUCCUGCGUAGAGAUCGACUCCAGCUCUGUGAGGUGCAAAGACAGGCUCAGCUCUCCGGCCUGGCUGAAGCAGGAACAGGAUGAACUCCGCAUCAUCAAGUGGGAGAACUUCCAAACAGGGACGUCGACUGACGCUGUUCAGGACAACACGCCCAGCAGCGCCAUGUCAGCCUCACAUGGAGAGAGUCUGCCCCCGAGGGUGCUGCUGACCAUCACCAAGCUCCAGUGCAUGCUGGAGAGCAAACAGGAGCGCAUCACAGCGCUGGAGAGACAGGUGGAGGACCUGAUGCAGGACCGCAAGUUUCUCAGGAGCCAGAUAGAAAACCUCACAAGUAACCGCUCCAUGCCGUUGUUUGCAUCACCAUCUCCAGUGACUGAAGCUCCCAAACCCAGCAAAGUGCAGCACUCAGAGAGCAAGUCCCGUAAGAGAGAGAAAGUGUCCUGCAGCUCCUCCGACAGCAGCCGCAGCGGCUCUGAAGUAUCGGACUCAUCGGAAAUUUCUGCGGCCUCGAGUGAACACAGGAGGAAAAAACACCACAAAGACAAGAAGAGAUCCAAGAAAGGGAGGGACUACAGCCGGAAGAGAGCCACCGGUGUCCAAUACGUCAUCCACCGCUACCAACAAGUCCUCUCAGCCUUCGUCAAGAAGAACAGCAUGAGCGAAGCCUUCCGCCAUCUCGGAAUCGACCGGAACACCAUCGCCAACACGGCGUCAAUCGCCGAGCUCCACAUGGCCGGUAAAGACAUGGUUCCUCUGGUGGGCAUGUUCCGCCAAGGAGAAGAGACUCUGGUCAGCUACGCCCAAAGGUGCACCCUGGCUAUCGACAGCGACGUGGAUCUGUCGCGGAGGAUAGACCAGAUGAAAGCCAGCGGGGAGCUUCUGCCCAUCUCAGGGAAAAGGCCGAGGCUGUUGCAUUCUCACAUGCAGCCACUGGGGGGCGCUGCAGAUAGCAUUUUGAUAGGUUAAUGAUUCUUUCAUUGCACAGAGAAGGGGAAAAACAUGAUGCCUUCACCAGCUGGUGUUCUUGUGUCCCUUUUCAGUCUGAUAUGAACUGGAUUGAAAUAUUUCAUGUAGCAUUUUUACAUUUUUAAAGUUGAUCUCAGUCUCAAGGGGAACCAAAAUGUUUCUUAUUUUUAAGUAUGUCCAUUAAAUAUCCACAUGUACAUUUUUAGGAUGUGUUUUUUGUAUGUGGUAGCCACAAAAAAUAUAUAUUCACAGCUGCUCUCACCAAUGGACAUGAUAGAUAUUUUUAUUAUCAGUAUGUAUUACAACCCACCACCAGAUGGCAGUGCUUACACAUGCGAUCCUGUUUACUCCUGUUGUCAUUCACUCCAAAAUGGUGGAAAGUCAAUUUCCAUUUUCCAGAGCCCCGAGUCUGAUGGAGCAUUAACUUUAUGUUCAUUGAUUUUGUGAGAAUAAUUUUCUUAACUUGAUCCUGUUUUUGAUUUUCUGUAACUGAAGUGAGCUAUCCCAAAUAAUGUGUGUUAAUGUUACUGAAGCUGCAAACGAAUGAAAACACUAUUUGAUCACAGAA